AUGCCAACAAACCCUAGCUUCAAUUGGCUGAGAUUGCAAAAUGUUUACUAUGAUAUACAAACCUGCUAUUUGCCAUUGAGUUGGUCGAUUGAAAACUUGUAUUCCAACUACAGGAUAUCUUUCGCUCCUAAUACCACAUUGAUUGCCGUUGCAUCCAACUCGGUGCCUCAUCCUAACCUUGUCGAGGUGUACGGGCUAAGUGGGAAUAAGGUAACAUCAGUGGUUUAUAAUAGUACACCAACGGAUUACAUCAGUGAUUUUCAUUUCCGAAGAGAGGAUUUAGUGUUGAUCUUAAAUAAUGGCAGAUUCAGGUAUUAUAUAGAUUUGGUAGGGAAUUUUAAUGAGUACCGAUUUACGGAUGAGUUGAUUAGUUUGGAUGAUAUGACAGUCAACGGAAAGAAUAAUAAUGAGUCGGCAGUUGAGACCGGUCGGAUGAUUACCAAUCUCGAGAACGAUGAGGUUGAAGAGAUUAUAAAUAUUAUAGAAACACAAACGUCUGACAACUACUUAGUAGUGAGACUCGAGGACAAGCUCAUCUUGACCAAUUUGGAAACAUUUCAAAACUAUGAGAUUGAUAUUUCUAGCUGCUCAUCAAAGGGUAUCGAAGGGUUGUCAAUUAACGAAAGUGGAGAAAACGUGGUUAUCUACAUUGCUUGUCAGAAAACGAUUCUUGUAUUGAAAGUUGAUUUUGGACUCUCGAUUUUUGAACUCGUUGAUCAAGAGCUAACCGAUGGGCCCUUCAAUACUAUUUCAAUCUCCCCGAAUGGUCAAUUGGCUGCUUUAUACAAUUCUACACAUAACAAGGUUUUUGUCGUUACUAGCUCAUUUGAUCAGAUUCUUUUAGAAUACGAUACCUCAAACGAUUCUGGCUCACCCUAUCAAGUGUCAUGGUGUGGAAAUGAUGCUAUUGCUUUGUCUUUGAAAGAUGAAAUCAAAUUGAUUGGCCCAGACCAACAAUCAAUAUCCUUCUUUUACGAUAUUGACGAAGAUGACGAGUUUGAUCUCGACAAUUUGUUACUUAAAGACUCUGGAAAGAACAAUUUACUGUACACAAUCCCCAUCAUUCAAACAUUAUCAGAUGGUUUGCGAGUUGUGACUAGUGAAAAAGUGCAAUAUUUAUACAGGGUUCCAGAAAAAACGGUGGCAAUGUAUCAAAUCGGCUCAAAUAGUCCUAGCAGUAUAUUGGCGGAUUGCAUUGGAAAGUUCGUUCUGAAUGCCGCAAAAGCGCAUGCAAACAUAGCUUUGUUAAAAGCAGAUGGCGUACUUUCUAUGGCCAUGGAAGAUGUACUUCAAGUUGCUCUUGAUGAAUUAGAUACCAGCUGGCACAAAAAGGCUUUGAAAGCAGUGUCGUUCGGAAAAGUUUAUGCAGAAGGAACAUUCGAUGCAGACAAGUAUGUAACGGUGCUCAAUACCGUCAGGGCUCUAAACCAGUUACGAGCACCGGAGUUGGGAUUAUUCCUAACCCAUCUGGAAAUACAAUAUAUUGGCUGGAAGGAAGUUGUCAAGAUGCUUCUAAGAAGGAACCAGCAUUAUAUGGCCUUGCGUAUAACAAGGUCUCUAGGAUUGAAGGACUUGAUGCCUUUAAUUUACAUUCACUGGUGCUGCUACAAGAUACGAAAAGAACUGAAUCUCUCAGAUAUACAAUUGUUCAAACUCAUUGCCAAUAAGUUGUUGUCCACUUCAAACAAGAAAAGAAAUUACAUAUCGAUUGACAUGAUAGCAGAUGUGGCACACGAAGAAGGAAGAGUCAUCCUAACCAACUUGUUGAUAGAUUUAGAGCCUUCCAUUGCCAAUAAAAUAAAGAAACUUGUUGAUUUUGAUGAGGUAGAACUAGCCUUGGUUAAAGCAUUUCAAUCUGGUGAUUAUUCCCUAAGUCUUUUGAUGCUUAUGCAUAUUCAAGAUAUUUUACCCACCUCUGACUUUUUUGAGAUUUUAAAUCAAAAUGAGAGCAAGCAUUAUAAUUCAGCAAUUCAAAGCGAAAUACGAGAUUUGCAAGUGGAAAUACCUUCAGAUACAAUUCCAAUCAAAGGUGAGGUGAUAGGUCAUACUUGGGUGGAAUCACUUGGAAAGUCUCACUCCAAAUUGAUGGAAAAGUUCCUCACUCAUGAAGAUAAGACACAUGAAUUGAACUUGCUCAAGCUAAAAGAGUUUGCUAGAACUCAACUUGUUGCUGAAAGUGAAGGUGAAGAGUAUUACAAUAGUUAUAAAAAGUUGUUAACAAAGUGUUUGCGAAGAUCAAUUCGAACUACCACCAUGAAAGCUAUAGAAAGGGAACUCAAAAUUCUUGAACUUCAAAAUAGAUUGGGGAAGACAUACCUAACCAAUUUUUAUUCUGAAAAAUCAUUGACAUCAAUUUUAACCAAGUUGAUCAAGAUGAAUCAAAUCAAACCUGCAAGUAAAAUUGUCAAAGAGUUUUCAAUUCCUCAAGAGAAAUUUUGGCAUUUGGUAUUGAGUACGUACUCAAAAGCACAUGAAUUUGACAGAUUGUAUGAAUUUGUUUUUGGAUCAUUGGAUGUAUCAACUGGAAAAUCACCCAUUGGGUUUGAGCCAAUUAUUGACGCCGGAUUUGCUAACAAUGCACCUAAGGAGCACAUCUCAGCAUACAUUCGUAAUUCAGUCAAGUACAAGUACGAUGAGAAAAUUCGGUUAUUUAUAAGAAAUGAGGAUUAUGAGUCAGCAGCACAGGAGGCGUACAAGAAUAAAGACAUUGAAAUUCUUCGAAAUCUACAACAGAAUGUACCCAACUCGGACACAAAAGCUCUACAAGUCAUCAAAACGAGUAUGCAAAAGUUGGGUUAUUGA